AUGGAACGUGAUGGAGUUGUCCGUGCUCUUCAAGCUACCACCUCAUCAACUGAUCAAAAAGAGGCAACAGCAUAUCUUGAUCGUGCAACCAAGCUGAUGGGAUUUGCACCUUUAUUAUUGCAAAUUAUAAUGGAUGAAGGUGUUGAUUGUUCGGCACGUCAAGCAGCCGUGAUUUACUUAAAAAAUGUCAUUAAUAGGAGUUGGGCUUUGGACGAAGACGAGAAGUCUUCAGGAAUGUUUGUUCUUUCUGAACAAGAUAAACAUAUCAUUCGUGAACACAUCAUAGACGCCAUCGUUGCGUCUCCAGAAGCAAUCAGAGUACAGUUGUGUACGGCGAUUGGAACCAUAAUGAGACAUGAUUUUCCAAAGGAAUGGCCACAUCUGCCCCAAAAGGUGACUACGUUACUCCACUCGGUUGAUGGACCGUCUUGGCUGGGUGCACUUCUUGUUCUGCGAAGAUUGGUUAAACUCUAUGAAUAUCGUCGUGUAAAGGAAAAGAAGCCUUUAGUUGAAACAAUGAGUGUUCUAUUGCCGAUGUUGUUAGAUCGAUUGGUAACGUUAAUGCCGGACGCAUCUCAAGAAUCGUGUCUUCUUCAAAAGAUUAUUCUCAAAAUAUUUUAUGGCCUUGUUCAGUUCUCAUUGAAUCUGGAAAUGAUGGAUAUGAAUGCAUUGGGACAGUGGCUUGAGCAGUUACGAAUUGUUAUCGAAAGACCUGUGCCGGCAGAAGUGAAUAAUAUUGAUGAGGAUGACAGGCAGAGAACUGUCUGGUGGAAGUGCAAAAAGUGGGCGAGUGCCACCACGCAUCGCAUUUUUGAGAGAUACGGUUCUCCAGGACAAGUUGAGAGUGACUACGCACAGUUUGCCGACAACUACGUCACACAUUUCGCAGUUCCUACCGUGAACACGUGUUUGAAUGUGUUGAAUCGCUACCGAAAUGGUGAAUUCGUUUCACCGAGAGUUUUGAAUUCAAUUCUUCAAUACAUUGGUACUGCGGUAUCUCAGUCACAUACUUGGAAGGUGAUUAAACCCCAUUGCCAGGAAAUGAUACAAACGAUCAUCUUCCCGCUAUUGAAACAUUCGGAUGAUGAUGAAGAAUUAUGGAACGAUUCACCGGAAGAAUAUGUUCGAUUUAAAUAUGAUUUAUUUGGCGAUCUAUACAAUCCUGCUGUAGCUGCUGUAACCGUUUUGACAGCAACUUCAAAGCGAAAGAAUGUGUUACAACCAAUAUUGGAAUUUCUAUUGCAAGUACUUAAUUCGAACGAAGCAGAUGCUCGUGAACAAGACGGUGCAUUGCGACUUAUUGGUGAAUUGUCGUCAGCAUUGAAUAAAAAUAAGUUAUACAAGAAAGAUGUUGAAAAGUUGAUCGAUGCCGUCAUUGUACCUCGCAUUUCAAAUCCGGUUCGUUUCCUGCGUGCAACUGCGUGCUGGGCUAUUCAAAAAUUCUCAGAAGCAAAGUUCACAUCGGCUGGCAUAAUGCAUAAAAUAGUUGAUGCACUGGUGACAAGAUUGGCUGAUGCAAACGAGGAGUUACCUGUUAAAGUGGAGGCUGCAAUUGCUGUGCAAGCACUUUUACAUGAUCAGCAAAAAGUUCAUGCAAUGAUCAAACCGCACAUUCGAGUCGUCAUACUCGAGGUUCUUCGUUUGGUGGCACGUGCUGAAAUCGAAGAAAUGACUGCAGUGAUGGAUGAGGUUAUAGAUCAGUACGUUGAGGACGUUAUCCCGAUUGCUCUCGAUGUCACCACUGAACUGGCGAAUAUCUUCUUGCAAUUGACUCUGAACGAGAAUCAAGAAGAAGAUAGGACAGUGACGAUAAUGGGAAUACUGUCAACGCUUGGCUCAGUACUGGAAAUUGUUGAAGAUAAUCAAGAAAUAAUGCAUCACAUUGAGGUGCAAGUCAUUCGAGUGAUUAAAUCUGUUCUCGAGAACUACCAAAUAGAUUAUUUCGAAGAGAUUCUAGCGUUGAUCAACUCGCUCAUACUCACUUCUGUCAGUGAACCAAUGUGGCAGAUUUUCUUUGAAAUACACAAGGUGGCAGUGAAUGAAGGGGGAUCACUUUUCGUUGAUAUGAUGCCUGUGUUGCAUUCAUACCUAACGGUCGACACGGACAGUUUUUUGGCAAGACCUGAGAGAGUGAAUGCUUUCGUUGAAAUGGUUGUCAAUAUGUUCAAAGAAGAGUUCAGUGAGGACGAUCAGAUACAUGCAGCCAAAAUGCUUGAGUGCCUUAUUUUGCAGUGCCAGGGUCGAAUUGAUUACUUAGUACCUGAUAUAAUACAGCUGGUGAUAACAAGAUUGCAUCAACCGUUUGAAGAUGGUAAAGAGUUGAAAGUGAUGCUUGUAAUGGUACUCUGUGCAAGUCUUUAUUACAAUACGGAAUUAUUCAUUAGCUUAUUGCCACGAAUGCAGCCACAUGGUACAAACACACUCAAUUACCUGCUCAGUGAACUCAUCUCGAUCGCGCCCAAGCUGAGCGGAAUUCACGAUCGUAAAAUGGCAAUAAUCGCGUUUUGUGCGUUAACAAAGCUCACACCACAACUGAGACCAUCACUCCUUCAGCAGCAAGCAUCAAAGGUCAACGAAACGAUAGUUGCAUUACUCGAUGCGUUGCAAAAGGCGAUGAAAAGCCAAGCUGAAAAUCGUUUAGCGGAAGAGAAACGUCAAGAACAGGAUAACAGUGAAGAUGAUGAAGAACGAGAAGAGGAUUUGGGCGAUAGUGAGGACGAAAUUGAUGAGGGAACGUUGGAGUAUCUCGAGACACUUGCGAAGCACCAGAAAAAAGCUGAAAGGAAAAGUGAAACGAACAGCGGUGAUACAGAAGAAAGCGAUUCGGAAGAAGAGGAUGAUGAAGACUGGGAUGAUGACUCAAUAGAAGGAUAUUAUACACCAAUUGAUGAUGACGAUAUCAUCGAUGCAUUUGUCGUUUAUAAAGAGACUUUGGAAGCUUUACAAAAAUGUGACGAGGGUCUGUUGAUGGCGUUGAUGGAGUGUGGAGAUGAGCAGAAGAUGGCAGCAUUUCAGAAGAUAUUAACCGUGUGUGAACAACGAGUUUCGUUAGCGAACAGUAAGAAGGUCGAACAACAGGGUGGUUAUGUGUUCAAUGUGAACGCACCCGUGCCGACAUCUUUUGAUUUUGGUGGUGCGAAUGCUAGUUGA